CAUUUACCGGCCUUUCGAGCAUCGCAAGACAUUUCUAGACAUGGCGUAGGCUUGUUCACGCGGAACCGGAAGUGCUUGCGCGAGAGUCCAGCCGCUUCCUCGGUGAAAGUGUCAGAAACUCGAGGCUUUCGCGAUGGAACCUCUCAAAUGUGAACGUGUGGGAAGAGCAAAAUCGGUCGCGACACAUCUGGGACACUCCUCUUUCCACGAUCGAUGUGCUCUCAUCGACGACCGAGAAACAACUGAUUCCGUUGAGACUAUCGGCGCCGGUUGAUCGUUGAACGGAGGAUGGACGGAGAUUGUCGGAUGCGUGGCAACCAGCCAAAUGACCUAGAAAACCCUGCCGCUAGCACCGGCUCUCCGAGUACGUAUCCAGGAGAACAGUGUCCUCCGACAGCGAGACCUGCAACGAAAUUCGUGGCGUUUAUGCUCGUGAAAACGUGUCCGCGGGUAUCGUCGUCGUUCAUGGAACAUUAACAUUAUCCGAACCGGAACGUGCAAGCAACAGCUCGUUAAUUACGCGUUCGCAACGCGUGUCGACUUACCAUGAAACCGAGAGAGCAACGAUGUUAUCGCGCGGCCGGUGAAGCUGAAACAGUGCGAGACAAGUAGAUGGGAAUCGUCCUCGCUCGCACCAUAGAGAUCCAGCGGUCGAUUCUGUCGCCGUAGAGACAGAGGCAACGACGUCAACGUAAACACACACUCGCCGAUUCGGGUCUCGGCUUGUCCAGAAGUCGACCUUCGGCAGUGCCUACCAGGAGCAAGCAGGACGCAGCGAUUCGGUGGAUCAACCGACGAAGGUUCACCGGUGUCCUCCUGGAUCGUCCUCGGACCGUCGUCGCGGAGGAAGAGAGGCACCGGCGCCGCGACGUAUCGACCGUGAAUGGAGUCGAGGGUGGAGGACGACGAGGACGGCGAGGGCGAGGGUGGGGGCGCAGACGCCGUUCCGCCGGUGAAAACCAGGCCAACGCUGCGCGACAUCGCCCGCCUCUGUGUCAACACGUUCAGAGCCUUCUAUGCCGGGAACCUGGUCGCCGCAGUUGCGCUACAACAGUCGAAGCCCGCCGCCGCUGCCGCCGCCCGUACAGGGACAGAGGUCCCGGUCGCUCCGGACAUGGGCAACCUGCAGAGCGACGCCAAGAAGAAGACCAAGAAGGGUGGCAGGACCGCCGAAGGGACGGCCAGCGUCCAUGGCUCCGUCGACGGCCUCGGGGACACCACCGACACGGGGGACGACGGCGAGACCGAGGACGCUGAGGAGACGCCCGUCAGAAAAGCAGCUCCGGCCAAACCGGAAGAGAGCCUUCAGAACAUCCAGAAGUUCGAGAAGUUCGAGAAACCGAGGGCUCCUUAUCAUGGCAAGCGGCAGGCUCCCAAGCCACCUGGAUCCGCCGUGAGAAAGGUCGCGCCCGAGAUUCCUGACAAGUCGAUCGAGAUCCAGCGGGAGCUGGUGAACGGGGAAGACGAGCACCGGGGAUCGGUGGGCAAGGUCGAUGCGACGGAGGCCGACCUGACGAACAGCCUGUUGGUGCCGGUGUCUUUGCCGGGUCAGAGACAGGGGCCGGUGGUUCUGGUGACCGAUUCCUGGCGGUUGGCUAAUAAGGCGGUGAUCGUGUCGGAGAUCUCGGCACCGCCUAGCCAGGAAUCGUCGAGCGACAGCGUGUUCACCGAUCCAGACGAGCAGGAAGCUAAGCAGGAGCCGACGGACGUGUCCGCGCCGCCGACGAUCGAUUCCGACGUCUUCCAGAAGAACCAGAAAAACCAGAAGAGCGAACCGAGCCCGCUUCCUCCGCAAGCCGAGAGGCGGAUCGUUGACACGCUGAUCUCGGUGUUGCCGGAGCAGCUCAAGUCCAGGCUGACGGUGGAGGAGAUCGAGCAGUUCGCGACCAGGUUGUGCUCCAGGCUGCACGCGGACGGGCUUCUCGGGUCGAUCUCCUUCGACGAGCGAACACCGAGCAAGGAGAUCAGCGUCGAGGACGUGGAGGCGAGCGACCGCAGCGAUUCGGAGAAGGAGAAUCUAAGGCGAGAGGUCGAGCGGCUCCGGGAGCUAACUAGGAACGUGGACGGGUCAUCGGCGCAGGGCAAGUCGACGCAGACAUCCCCUCUGACUGUGCAGCCGGAGCAAUGGGGCUUGGACAGGCCAAGAAGCUCCGAAGACGCGACGUCGGAGAGGUCGACCGUCCAGGAGUCGAUUCCCGAGGAGCCGAUCGCGAACGGCCUCGACGGCCUAAAAACUGCGAAGCACGAGCCGCCGAGAAAACAGUCCUCCAUGUCUUCCGCGACUUCGCCACUGCCACGGUCUCCCCCCGCCCAUUCUAGCGUUGCCCCUCCGCCGCCGCCGCCGCCACCUCCGCCACCUUCGCCCUGCCUCGAUCGUCCCGUUAGCGUCCCGGCGCCUCAUCCUGCUGUCCCCACGUUCUCCAUUCCACCCCCGCCUCCGCUGCCCCCGUGUCCACACGCGGCCCAGUCGAUUCCCUCGCAGAGCCUAACGUCGUUGACCGGAAUUCCUCCGCCUCCGCCACCGCCUCCGCCAACUCCCAUGCCGCCGCCUUUGCAGCCUAUGAGCAGGGAGACACCCGGGUCUCCGCCUGUCCCGCCACCACCACCGCCGCCGCCGUCUCCCGCGCCAACGAUCGGUUUGAUCUCUUCCGUUCUUCCUCCGCCACCGCCGCCUCCGACGCCAAUGUCUGGCUCCAUUCCUCCUCCGCCUUUCCCGCCCUUACCCUCGCUGUCCGCGUCCCUCGUAGACAGAUUCUCGCGUUCCUCGAUACCUCCUCCACCUCCUCCCCCGCCUCCGCCUCCAGCUCCCUCGUUGCCCGGCAUGGGAGCAGGGAUUCCACCGCCGCCGCCGCCACCGCCGUGCACUCCUCUGAACGGAGGAAUCCCGCCACCGCCGCCACCACCGCCUCCCAUCGGAGGCAUCCUCGGGGGACCUCCGCCGCCUCCUCCGCCACCUGGCAUGAUGCCAGGACCACCGCCUCCGCCGGGCAUGGGACCGUUGGGAGCACCCCGACCACCUCCGCCUCCGGGAACCAUGGGGGGAGCUCCAGGACCUUGUCCUCUACCGGCUCCGCCGAUCGGUGGGUGGAAUCCGGCGGGCAGAGCGUGCAUGAGAAAAGAACCCAUGUGCCCCGAGGUGCCCAUGAAGCCGCUCUAUUGGACGAGGAUCCUGGUGCCAGAGGCUCAGACAAAGCUUGGUUCCGUCGAAGCUUCGGACGGCCCCGCUCAAGUACCUCUGUGGCUGGAGCUCGAGGAAGAGAAAAACCUGGACAUGAAAGAGUUCGCCGGUCUGUUUUCGCGCCAGGUGACCGAGCGAAAGCCGGUGAGAAAGGCGGACGAUUCCACGAAGCCCUCUAAGGUGCAGCCAGCGAAGAUCCUCGACUCGAAGCGCUCGAAAACGGUCGGCAUCCUGGAGAAGAGCCUGCACGUAGACUUCUACGAGGUGGAGAACGCGGUCUACAAUCUGGAUACCAACGUGGUCAGCUUGGAGGCGCUGCAACAGAUAUAUGAGAUCAGGCCGACCGCGAAGGAGCUGGAGGACAUCAAAGCGUUCGAGGAGACGAAUCCGGAUGUACCGUUGGACCAGCCGGAGGUGUUCCUGAAGAAGCUGUCCGGCAUAAAUAGCUUCGCGGAGAGGAUAGCCUGUCUGAUGUUCCAGACCGAGUUCCACGACGCGAUCUCCUCGGUGUCCACCAAGCUGACGAACCUGAGGACCACCUGCGACUUUCUCUGCAACUCCGGAUCCUUAAAGAAGGUGAUCGCGUUGAUCCUCACGCUGGGCAAUUACAUGAACGGCGGGAACAGGAGUAGGGGACAGGCGGACGGGUUCGGCCUAGAGAUCCUCGGCAAGCUGAAAGACGUCAAGUCCAACGUGCCGGGUAUCACUCUGCUUCACUACGUGGUCAGAGCGAGACUGGCGCAGGAGAAGGAUCACAACUUCGAGUCACCUUUGCCGCUGCCUGUCCCGGAACCGGCGGACAUCGAGGCUGCCUCGAACAUCAACUUCGACUACAUCACCGGCGAGCUGGAUAGGCUGCGGAAGGAAUUAAAAGCGUGCGUGAAGAAGUGCGACAUCGUGGUCGAAGCCGACCCCGAAAAUUCGGGCCCCUUCAAGGAGAAGAUGGAGAGCUUCGUGCGGGAGGCUACCGCGGAGCUGGCCAGCGAGCAAGAGGCCUUCCAGGAGGCGAGGUGCAAAUUCAAGGCCGUGAUGCAGUUCUACCAGUACAAGCCGAAAGGUUCGAGCCUGGACCAGGCGGAUCCGAGCGCGUUCUUCGUCCUCUGGCUGGGAUUCUGUCAGGACUUCAAGGACAUCUGGAAGAAGGAGCAACAACGAAUCAUGAAGGAACGAAUGGAGGAGUUGAGGAAGAAGUACGAAAGCAAGAACAAGGUGGCAAAGACCAAGAAGAGCGCGACGGGACUGAAGGCGAGACUCCUGAGGCUGCAGCGCGAGUGAAUCGGGAAUUUUCCGCGAGCUGAAGCCUUGGAAAUGAAGAUGAGUCUUCGAGCGAGGACAGUCUGGCUGUCCCGGAGCAACAGCUUGCGUGGAUCCAUCGAUCCCUGCGAUCCACGCUCUACGGCACUAAUCGUGGUCGAACGCACACACGACGAGAUACUCUAUCGCGUAGGAUAUACGAAUCUGUUAUUGUACAUAGGCUCGUUAAGUUUGCACAGAAUUAUUUGUAAAUACGUUGUUUUUUUGCGAUAUAACGAGUUUUCGAUUAUUAAUGAUAAUAAACGAUACGUUUUUUACACGA